UGUCAAAAUGUCAUUCUACUUGACAAUAACAAACAAGCUAUAACCUUACAAACAACCUAACCUCAAAUCAAAAUUUAGAAGUAUUUUUAUUACAAGUUUUAAGAUGGUUAAUAAUAAGAAGAAGAAUAAAAACAAGAAGAAAAACAAAAAGCAGUCAUUGGAUGCAAGCAAUACCGAUGAGCAUCCAAAGCAGGCGCCAAAAGAUGCCACAGAAGAUAAUGCAGAAGAGCAUGGCGGAAAAACAGAUCACAAACGCGUAACAGGCGCCACAAAACGACAACAUGGUGACGAUAAUGAUUCUGAUAUUGACGAAAAACCCCAGAAGAAGAAAAAGAAAAAGCAAGUUGUAGCACCAGAGACAUCAGAUAAAAAAGGAAAAAAAUCCAUUCGACAAAUAAAGAGAGAAAAGUUUGUGAAACGCCAGGCUGAGGCUCAGGCUUUGGCGAAGGAUCAUCUUAAAGGGCAAUGUCUCAAUUAUCUCUCUCAAUGGAAACAUGAUAGACCGAACUGGAAGUUCAUGAAAGCAAAACAAGUGUGGAUAUACAAAAACAAAUUUUCGCCACAUUUAUUGCCUGAUUCAUCGUGGCCUCUGUUUCUGGAAUAUUUUGAAUCUGCAAAAGGAAACAUUCGGAAUAUGUUAUUAGAUGAUGCAAAGAAAGUUAUAAAACAAAUGGACGAGUGGACUGAAUCCCAAAAUGGAGAUAAUCAAAAUAAAGAUGCUGAUGAAGAUGAUGAUGAUGAAGAAAAUUCUUCUGAUGACACUCCUAAAACUAAAAAGCCUGAUGAAAAAGUGUAUAAACGAGCUAGGGAUUUAAUACAGUGUCUGGAAGAAUAAAAAAAUGUUUUUUUUUU